CAAGAUCAACGAGUGCAAGGACAUGAUAUUGACCAUUGGAGAACGUUUGCUUGAAGUUCAGAAUCAAAUAAAUACUCCAGUUCAACCAAUGCAAUGCUCUCCAGGCACUGCUGGUUCUCAGGCAUUUUCUCGAUCUGGCGAUACCUCAAGUCAUUGUGAUGAGUCAGCUCCACCUCCACCUCCACUUUUAUGGGUGGAACAAAUCUGUCAUUUGACAGAUAUUUGUAGUCGAGUUGUUGCAUGUGGGCGUCUGAUUAGAGAUAAUGUAGGCAUCCCUCCAGAUUGCAUCAAAGUUAUAUUGGAUGUUGUUAAAGUUCCCAGUGCGAAUGUGUUUGGUGACAUUGAGAAGACGUUAGCCGAUUGCGACGUGGGUGAUGUUCUCAUUUGGCCUAGAGUGCUGACAAAAACAUAGAUAUUAAAGGAG